CAGUGCACUCGGCAGAGUAUGUACCUACGUACUAUGCACAGCGUCACAGCUGUGCGCAACCAUCGUGCGUUAUGAUUUUAAGAUUUUAUUUAAAGAAUAACUAUUGUUUAUUUAUAUUAUGUUUCUUUGGAAAAAUAUUUUAUAAUAACAUUUUAAAGCGGUUUUCAUAAAAAAAUGGAUUUUUUGUUUUCACUUUGACAUCCAAUAUCUCCGUGAACUAUGGUUUCCCAGGAUUAUUCUAGAACAAAAGUUGUCAGUAUUGAUGACCCCAACAUGUACCUUUCGGCUUCGUUAUGACUUUUGUUCAACCCGUUAUUAAAAAUAUCAAGACGUCUUCAUCCUUUUUUUAAAUUGAUUCCAAUGUUGAUCGAUCGCCAUUGCGUUCGAGAAUAAGCAUAUUGAAUUGCUAAAAAAUAAAUUAUUUAUCGUGUAAGAUUUUAUAAAACCUGAAAUAACGAAGGAUUACUAUCAUUCAUAUCAUUGAUAAAAUCUAAAAGCACGUAACGGCAUCUAGUUUGAUUACGAGAAUUAUUAUUUUAAAUACUUUUUCAUUCGAUUUUGUGCGAUUGAUCUUAUAAUCGAUGGUUUUUGACUUCUCUAUAAAUGUAUGUUUUUUGACGCUUUUGACCAAAGAGUAGUACCUAUUAUCUUUUGAGUGUGCAUUUGUGAUUGAUAAUUUUGUAUGAAUAAAUUUGAAUUAAUUAUUUCAGAAUUUGAUUUCUAUAGUUUUAGGGUGAACAAAAGACUUAAACUAUUACUAUAUUUAAGUAUACAUAAUAUUAGUAAGAAAAGAAAAUAACAUGAAUAUUUCAAUAGAAAGAAAAAAAAUGGAUUGUUCAGCAUUGCCAAAGGGUUGGCAAAGAGAAGAAGUUAUACGGAAAACAGGUCUUUCUGCUGGCAAAGUCGAUGUAUUUUACUAUAGGGGUCUCCGAUCUGAUGCUUCAUUGGUACCACCAAUAAGACAAACAGCUUCGAUUUUCAAACAACCUGUUACUGUUUAUAAGACUCAGGACAGUAAAGUGAAGACAGAUUUAAAACAUGGCACACAAGAAAAACCAAAGCAGCUAUUUUGGGAAAAACGAUUGGAAGGAUUGUCAGCCUGUGAUGCAAAUGGUAUGAUAGGCACCACAACAUUACCAAAGUACAUCAAGCCAUUGGGUCCUUACACUUCUGAUGCCACCACUAUACAAUCUCUAGCUACUGCACUGCAUGUGUCAUCUCAGCCUAUAACAGGACAAACCGGGGGCAAGCAAGCAAUACUUGAAAACCCUGGUGUUUUUUUAAACCCUGAGCAGCCUCUAAUCGCGGCAGUUACUAUAACUAAGGAUGAUGUGCGACGCCAAGAAGAGCGUGUGAAACGUGCACGACUGCGUUUGCAAGAGGCUCUAGUUGCCGCGUAGGGACACGCGGGCGGGACUAACCCCGCCCUCGGUCCCGCAGCACCUAACUCCGCUCCCGCAGCACCUAACUCCGCUCCCGCCCCUGACCCCUCACCCGCGCCUGCCAACACCCCCACACCCACGCCUACAUACACCCAAUCACCCGUGCCUGCCUACACCCCCUCACCCGCGCCCGCAUACACCCCUUCACCCGCGCCCGCCUACACCCCCUCACCCGCGCCCGCCUACACCCCCUCACCAGCACCUGCCUACACCCCUUCACCCGCGCCUGCCUACACUCCCUCACCUGCGCCUGCUUACACACCCUCACCCGCGCCUGCCUAUACACCCUCACCCGCGCCUGCCUAUACCCCCUCACCCGCGCCUGCCUUCACCCCCUCACCUGCACCUGCCUACACCCCUUCACCCGCGCCUGCCUACACCCUCUCACCCGCGACUAAUUACACCCCUUCAUCCGCGACUAAUUACACUCCCUCACCUGCGCCUAACUACACCCCCUUACCUGCGCCUGCCUACACCCCCUCACCCGCGCCUGCCUAUACCCCAACUCCCGCGCCUGUCUACACACCCUCGCCCGCGCCUGCCUACACCCCCUCACCCGCGCCUGCCUACACCCCCUCACCCGCGCCUGCCUACACCCCCUCACCCGCGCCUGCCCACAUCCCGUCACCCGCGCCUGCCCACAUCCCGUCACCCGCGCCUGCCCACAUCCCGUCACCCGCGCCUGCCCACAUCCCGUCACCCGCGCCUGCCCACAUCCCGUCACCCGCGCCAGCCCACAUCUCGUCACCCGCGCCAGCCCACAUCCCGUCACCCGCGCCUGCUCACAUUCCGUCACCGGCACCAGCUCACAUUCCGUCACCGGCACCAGCUCACAUCCCGUCACCCGCGAAAGCUCACAUCCCAUCACCCGCGCCAGCUCACAUCCCGUCGCCUGCGCCUGCCCACACCCACUCACCUGCACCUGCCCAUACCCCCUCACCUGCGCUUGCCCACAUCCCGUCACACGCGCCUGCUCAUAUCCCGUCACUCGCGCCUGCCCACAUCCCAUCACCUGCGCCUGCCCACAUCCCGUCAUCCGCGCCUGCCCACACCCUUAUCAAUGUCCAUGCCUCCACGCCUUCCCCGGUUCCCGCACCCGCUCAUUCGACACCAGUGCUCUCGGCCUACCUUCCCGAACAAGAUCUUCCAGACUCUACUACUGGUAUGAACAGUCCAGAACCCAUGUCACCUAAAUUAUCGGUUGAUUCUGCUACCGAAUGUAAUGAAUAAAAAUUAAUGUUCAAUCUUUAUGAAUUCAUAUAUUAUUCGGGGACUUUAUGCUGCCGAUUUUUGUCUAUUUUUAUUUUAAGUACGAUAUUUAUUUAUGAAAUUAAAAAAAAUUGUCAACUGGCCCAUUCCCAAGACUUUUGAUUUGAAUAUAAUUAUGACAUAGUGUCAUCAGUAUAACAGCAUCAUGUUGUUGUAUUUAAAUAGUAAAUUCUUUAUUAGCAACCCAAAAAACAAAUAAGUAUUUAAGUGAUAAGUAAAUCUAUGGUGAUAAAUUAGUAUUGUAUGCUAACGUAAACCCGUACGAAAGCACUUACUUUAUCAACGCAUCUUCUAGGAUCUUGUCGAAUAGCUUGGACAGUUUGUUAAUUAAUUACUAGUUAUAUAGCUAGCUAUUUGCUAUGUUACAACGUUAUAUAGCAAAUACAUAUUAUUCAGAAACGUAACAGCAUUUCUUGUGACGAAUUUAUAAAUUGGCAGCUGAAUAAGGAAAAAACAAAAUUUUAAAAUUCAAAAGGUUAGCGCUACCGUACACACAAGAUCUUUAUGCUUUAACUCAAUAUAUUCCAAACUCGCAGUAUCCAGCUCGGUACGUGUAUGAUGAUCAAUUGAUAAAUGUAGGUUAUAGUACAUAUUGUUAAGUAGCUAUGUGGUAUAGCUACUUCAAACUGUUAAUUAAAAAUUUGCACGAUUAUCAGCCAGUUACUUAAAUGCCCAUACGACAUAACCCACAGAAAUUUGACAUUCAUUAGAGCUUUUGACGUCAUUAAACCCUAAUGGACGUUUGUACAACUUACCGAUUACCGAUACAAAUUUAUCAUUCAUUAGAGCUUAAAGGCGUUAUUAAACCUUAAUGGACAUUUGUGCAACUUGCCGUAAUUGUGUCGAAGUUCAAGUCAAAAUUGUCAGUUUUCGCUAACUGAUUUUAAAACCUAUCUAAUUAAAUUUUGAGUACCCCGCACACUUAUAAGUAAUCCUAUCAUUUUAUUGACACUGCUUCAAUUAUAUUCAUAUUAAUCGAAAAGGGUAAGAAGCUUUAAAAGUAAACCUGUGUGCCCAGUUCAAGAAGCAAUCUUUUAUGUAUUUAAUGGCACAGUUUCACCGCCGCGCCGUUCCGCUUGCUGCCGAUUCCUUAUAUAGGUCCAUAGUUAUUCUUAAAAAUCUUAAACGUUGUUAUAUAACUAACAAACAUGAAUGUAUAGGCAUAAGUCGAUUUCGUAAUAAAACAUUUUGUACUGUCAUAUUGUGUUUAUUCAUUUGUAGAAUGGAGAAAAUGUGUAAUAAUUGAAAGCUUAAUAUUCAAAAACUUACUAGCAAUAUGUAGAAUAAAUAUAUGUACUUGGAAUAUAAUAACAAGUUUCAAUAAUAUAAAUGCAAAUCAAUAAAUUAAUAGUCACGAAUAUUUUAUUAUAGUUGUUUUAGUAGAUACGAUUCGUCUCGUAGGGCUGGACCCGGCGGGCUACUCGCUGGAUCAUCAUGGGUUCUUACCGUCGUCAAUACGAUUUGUCCUACUCCGUGGUCUUAGAAAUAACUAGUCAUGUUUACAACAAGGUAUACAGAGUUGAUAAAAUUAGAGAUUCUCGCCAGUUGCCGGUAGUGGUGCCUGUACCCAACAACCCACAUCCACACAUCCAUUUCAUAUUUGAUAAUAAGGAUAGAUGUUAAACUCUUACUUUGCAAAGCAUUAUGUUUUUACCAAAACCGAAUAACAAAUACCACAUAAGAUAUCAUUAUUAUUAUUUUUAUUAUAUGAAACUUAUUAUAUUUGAUCAAUUUUGCACUAUGCUAUACUGAAAAAUAUUCUUAAUAAAAAUGCUUAAAUAAUCCGCCCCGUCCCUGGAUCCCAAAGUGCCAGGGACAGUGUGAUAUCUUGAAACUUGUGCGAUUGUUCUAUAUAUAUAUAUGGACGGCGAUUUGUGCCAUUAUAAGCGAAGCAAGCUAUACGCAUGGCAAAAACUAUAAAUUUCUUGAAUACGUAAUAUGUUAGACAAGUAUUUUUUGUAAGCGUACAAUUUUAUACCUACGGUUUAAUAGAAUAGUAGUUUAUCAAAUCAAAUCAUAUAUUGGCCAUAGAACUCGGAAAGUUACAUUUGGCAAGUCUUUAAAUAAACAUUUCAAAUUAAAUACAAACACAAAGGUCAUGCAAGUCAAAUCAUUAUAGGAAUGUCAAAGAAAUUAAGUAUUUUAACAAUAUCAAGUUUGCUAUUUUUACAAUUUUUAAUAAUCUAUUAUAUCAAAUAGUCAAUUAACUGAUAACAUUACAAAUAGUAUAGUAAGUUCCAACUCAUAUGGCGCAUAAAUCUUCAUUUUCAGC